UCCUCCACUCUUUGAUCUUUCUUGUUCCUCACUUCAAUGGCGAUCUAUGAAGCACGGAUAUGGCGGCGGAGGGAUUCGGGAGCGUGAAAACUCGAAGAAUCUUGAUUUGGGAGAGGCGGAGAUUCGCUAAUUAGCAAAUAUUAAAACUAAAACGACACCGUUAUCUAUUUAUACAAGGUCAUCUUCUUCCAUACAAGUCUGAAACCUUUCCGCCGUCUUCCCACCGUCGGCAACUGCAAACAAGCGAAUGCCAAACGGUCGAACCAGUUCGGAACACGAUAAGCGUCUGAAUGCACCAAGCCAUAUCGGAGCUGUAUUUCAGCCGCUCCACACCCUCACCUCACCAAGCCGUUUCUCAGCCGCAUUGAGCCGUUGCAGUUCGUCUCCAAAUUGAAGCUCCCGUUCUUCAUAUAAGGCGAUGCUCUGAACGUCGUUUCAGCUUCUGGGUUAUGGCAGUUUCGCGGUUGUUCAGGAGUUUUAGCGGCCUACACAAAGCCAAUGCCAGAAUACAAGCAUACCCAUUUGGCUACAAGCAUAGCAGAGCCUUAUCAUCGGACUCUUUCAACAAUGGAGACGAUACGGUGCUUCCGGUUCUGAUUGUCGGUGCAGGACCUGUGGGUCUCGUUUUGUCCAUACUUUUAACAAAGCUAGGGGUCAAAUGUUCGGUUGUGGAGAAGAGCAAAACUUUCUCGAAUCAUCCACAGGCGCACUUCAUCAACAAUCGAUCCAUGGAGGUGUUUCGCAAAUUGGAUGGCCUGGCGGAGGAGAUCCAGAGGUCUCAACCACCAGUAGAUUUAUGGAGGAAGUUCAUAUAUUGCACUUCGCUCUAUGGUUCAAUUCUUGGGUCGGUUGACCAUAUGCAACCCCAAGAUUUUGAGCAAGUCGUCAGCCCGGUCUCUGUUGCACACUUCUCACAGUACAAACUGAUUAGUUUACUACUUAAGCAGCUUGAAAAUCUCAGCUUCAAGUUCUGUACAUCUGAUGGGUUGGAAGGCCUCAACCAUGGAACCUUUCAGGAAAAGCAACUAUUAAUGGGGCAUGAGUGUGUUUCCAUCAAAGCGAGUGAUGAUUUUGUUUCUGUGACUGCAUCUUUUCUCAAGGAUGGGAAGCGUAUGGAAAGGAAUAUCAGAUGUAAUAUCCUUGUUGGUACAGAUGGAGCUGGAAGUACUGUACGUAAGCUGGCUGGAGUGGAUAUGAGAGGUGAAAAGGACUUACAGAAGCUUGUGAGUGUCCAUUUCUUGAGCAAAGGUCUUGGGAAGUAUUUACUCUGUGAGAGACCUGGCAUGCUUUUUUUCAUCUUCAAUACUGAAGCUAUAGGGGUCCUUGUUGCUCAUGAUCUCGAGCAAGGGGAAUUUGUAUUACAGAUUCCGUUUUAUCCACCUCAGCAAAACCUUGAAGAUUUCAGUCGCCAGAUAUGUGAGCAAAUAAUCUUCAAGUUGGUUGGUCGAGAGCUAGGAGACAUAAAUGUGAUUGACAUAAAACCAUGGGUUAUGCAUGCUGAAGUUGCGGAGAAGUUUCUAAGUUGUGGCAACCGAAUAAUACUUGCUGGCGAUGCUGCUCAUCGAUUCCCUCCUGCCGGAGGGUUUGGAAUGAAUACUGGAAUUCAGGACUCUCAUAAUCUUGCAUGGAAAAUAGCUUCGGUAGUAGAGGGUACUGCACCGACUUCAAUACUUAAUUCUUAUGAAACAGAACGUAGGCCGAUUGCUGUUUUCAAUACAGAACUUAGUAUUGAGAACUUCAAAGCAGCCAUGGCUGUUCCUGCUGCACUUGGUCUUGAUCCAACUGUUGCAAACUCAGUGCAUCGCGUCAUAAAUGAGGGGGUUGGUUCCAUUUUACCAUCUGAAUUACAGAGGGCCAUUUUGGAUGGAAUUUUCACAAUAGGUCGUGCCCAGCUAUCGGAAUCUUUUUUGAAUGAAAACAACCCACUUGGGUCGUCAAGGCUUGCUAAGCUAAGGCGCAUAUUUGAAGAAGGAAAGAGCCUCCAACUCCAGUUCCCAGCAGAGGAUCUUGGUUUUAGGUAUCUAGAAGGUGCACUUAUCCCUGAUAGUGAUGGUGGAAUGAGUGCUCCAGAAGGACCUACUGGUCGCCGGAGGGACUAUGUUCCUUCUGUGGUUCCAGGUGCAAGGCUCCCCCACAUGAACGUGAGGAUAUUGUCAGAUACCUCAAGUGAGGUUACUAUUUCUACACUGGACCUUAUAUCUGGAGACAAGGUCGAGUUUCUCCUCAUUAUAUCGCCAACCGAGCCGUCUUACCAUCUUGCUCAUGCUGCAUUCAAAGUGGCCGAGGAAUUCAAAGUUUCUGCAAGGGUGUGCGUGUUGUGGCCUGCCGGCAGUGUUAAGGGAGUCGAAAUAAAGAGUAAGGCAUCAUUGGCACCCUGGGAGAAUUACAUUGACCUCGUGGAAGUUAAAAAGUCACCAAAUUCGUCAUCAUGGUGGGAUAUCUGCCAAAUGAAUGACAAAGGAGCCAUCUUAGUUCGACCGGAUGAGCAUGUUGCUUGGCGUGUGAAGUCAGGGGUUGUCCGUGACCCUAUAACGGAAAUGAGAAGGGUAUUCUCGGCUACUCUCGGCAUAAAACAACAUACUAAAGAUCAAGAAACUGACACAUGACAUUUGUUAUCGAAAUAAAACCACAUACUAAAACCAAUUGACUUGACACAUGACAUUUGUUAUCGAAAUAAAAGUGAUCUUGAUGUGCAGGAGUAACGUAUUAGGUUUGUCGUAACAUUCGACAUUUUGCAACAGAAUGUAUUUUUACGUAUGUCACUUUGUAAUCAAGUAAGCUAUGUUCUCUCUCU